GAGAAAAAAAAAAAACCCAAAACAGGCGAGGAGGGGAGAGAGAGAGAGAGAGGGAGGGCGAAUGUCGAUACUGUGGGAGAAGAGCGAGAUGUGGAGGUGGAUAGUGAGGAAGACUCGGGACUCGAAGCCCUUCUUCCUGAUGUUCGCGACUGUCUGUGGAGUGGUUCCUGGGGUUAUUGGCUACGGUGUCAUGCAGAUCACCAACUCCCGCAAUCAACAGCUCGAAUCCCAUCUCCGCCACAAAGCUCGCCCCGAUUCGCUUAUGAUGGGGAAAGUGAAUAGAGAGAGGCUGGGAGAAUACCUUGGCGAGCUGCAGAGGAAAGAGGAUACAAACGAUCGAUAUGUUGCUGCUUUAAGAGGGGAGACUUUGACGAGGAACCCAUAUGUCAGAAUUCAACCUAUUCCCGCGCCCGCUCCCACUGCCACUCCCGAGGAAAGCAGCUCUCAACUUGACAAUAAACAUCAACAGAAGUAGACAGGGUGAUUGUGUGAUUGUCUUCUCUUUUUUUUUCUUUUUAAAAUUUAUUUUGGGACUAUUUUGUUGUGACCGGGAAAACAAAUUGGAGAAAGGAGACCAUAACGUGUCACUUUAAUCUAUUUUAUUUUGCUGAA